CUGUUCUUUUCGCAAAUUAUGUAUAUUUGCGUGAUUACAACUUCCUGUUUACUCACCUGCGGAAGUAAUUUUUAGAAUUGUCAAAUGAGAGAAUAAUAAAUGAAUUUCUUGCACAGUUUAGCUUUAUUUCUGGGUCUGAUCUCGCUUGGAUCGGCCCUGGAAUGUUACGUUUGUCGUGAGCAGCCAGAUAACAGAGAUAAAUGUAUCAAAACAACAAUACAGUGUCGUGAACAUCAAGAUACAUGCAGAACAUUUAUACACUGGAGGCAGCCAAAGUACUGGACACCACGAAGCGAGCGUAUAUACUCUAUUGACAAAUCUUGUGCGGUGCGAUCAAGUUGUGAGCAGGAACAGAAAACUCUUGGUCUCGAGUGUAUGAGGAAUUGGUAUCGUGACUGGAAAUGUACAGAAUGUUGUCAAGGUGAUAGAUGUAACUAUUAUGUAACGUUGGGAGCAUCCGGUGUAAAGAUCAGCAUGGCACUCUUGGUAACAGCUUUCUCGGCACUACAGAUCAUUCUACGGCUCAGAUAAUGUACAGUGACUGACAAAAACACCCUACCGUAAUAUCCAAGGAUUAUAAUCGUUCAAAAUUUUUUGUUUCUUUAGUAAAGUUUUGUUGUAACAAUAAGAUUGAAAACAUUUACAUGGAAGGAAAAAGUCUUAGUGUUUCAUUUAUUCAGUAAAUUGUUGUGUCAAGUGACCAAUUUAGGCAUUGUUAUUGGGAAGUAUUAUAUAGACUAAAUAUAAAUGUCUCCAUGGUUACUGUCUGCCUAUGUCUUUAAACACAUCAAUAAUAAUAUGAGACAGAUUUGCAGUUUUCCUGUAUGAAAAGGUCUGUGGUAAAUCAAAUUUAAACAGAAUAACUGUAUGAAAAUGUUUGCGGAGGUCAAAACCUGAAGGUCACAAUGAAUUAGAUACAUUUUUCUAGGUUGUUCUUCUGCAUAUCAAGAAAAGAAAGAACUCUUAAAAAUAAGGUGCGAAAGUUUAAAAGUGAUAAUUUGAUUUUGAUUUAUUUAAUGUUACAAUGGAUGGCACAAUAUGGUUAUUUUAUAACUAAACAAACAAAAAAGAACAAUGUUGAUUCAAUAUUUAUACACUUUAAAUUUAAAACAAGGAUUAAAUGAUAAUUAAAGAGACAUGUCUAUAUUUUAUGUAGAUAAUUUUAUUUUUGUACAUUCCAACUUCCAGCACAAGGUUGUAGAAAUUAUUCAUAUCACAAAAAUGUAAAUAAUUGUAAUAUUUUUUAUACAUCAUUUUUUCUAUUAACAAAUGUUAUCAUAUGUAUAUACAUGUAUAUUAUGCAAUUUUUCAUUUAUUGUAAAUAAUAUUUUUUAAUAUUACCUGUAUUUGUGAUCAUCACAGUUACCUAUAUAAUCAGCUCAUUCUCGUAAUAUAAAAUUUUCAUCUCUUUUGUAUAUGUAAGUGUUUAUCCGUGCUGUCCUACAGAAAUUAGAAACUUUGACGGGAGCGAUAGCGACAGGAAAAUGUUUCUAAUUUCUGUAGAACAGCUACGGAUAAAUACUAACAUACUUAGUGUCAAGCUUUAUUUGGCCUCAUUACAAUCACUUAAUUACGUCACUACGCGGUUCUAUGAAGUACUAUGAAAAAUAGUAGGUGACUAUGAACGGAAUUUGAUAUAGUAUCGACUUUUGUUCUUCUAUGAAAAUUAACACACACAAUUUAAAAAAAAUACAGUGUUUUCAUUGGAUGACAAAUAAAGCUGGACACUAAGUCUGUUUAAUUGCUAAGGUGGUGACAAAUUUUUUGACUUACCUAUACCAUGCAGUCUGCCCAGAUUCUAAAAUAUAUUUCUGGCUGUUCAAUUUUUGCUAAUUUUUUUUAACCAGCAAAUUUGUCAUAGGCAUCCCUAGCAUAACCUCCAACAACAUAUUAUAAAAAAGAAAAUAAUUCAAGAUUGGGAUUUUGAUUUGACUGUAUCCAUGGAAACUGAUUUCUUAUUUUUUUCUUAUCAUCAUUGUAUAAACCAUUUUGCAAAUAAAGUCAUUUUUGUAACAAUA